AUGGCAGUCUUGCGAUGUGCAGGGUUUCUGUUUUUCUUAGUCCGGGCAGCUGCAUACCCGGGGUCCAUGAGUUGCGACUUCACGUGUGUGGGCGGCUACACACCUGGAAGCUCCUUCGGGUUCAUGGGCAUCGCAAACAUUGGAGCUACGUCGGGAGACACCUGCAAGAUUGCCACAGAUGUCCCAAGCGAGGGCUACACCGCCGGAGGGUCGUACAUGGUGACAGUCACCUCGACCACUGCACUGGCACAGAAGCUGGUGUCCAACGGUGGAGCCUUCAGCAACGGCAUGGUCUCCGACAAUUCGCCGAAGAGCACGAGCAAGCAACACGCGUGGACGGCACCAAGCUCUGGCGAUGUCACGUUCCGGGCCUUGUGUGGUGCCGGUGGCAGCAUCGAUGAGAUGUGGUAUGCUCAAGAGGUGAUGACGGACACGACAACAGCAACAGAUGCUUCAGAUGCGAACACGUCGUCUACGACAACCGCAGCGAACACGACUACGACGACCACGACCUCUCAGUCUCAGUCGGACGAGGACGGGGGCACCAUUUCGGCAGCUGCGGUUCUUGGCGGUUUGCCAGCUCUCAUCCUCGCAGCAAGCUUCCAGCGGUGGUGA